AUGGACAGCCAACUAACUUCAAAUUUUAUAGGAUACUUCAACUUCACACUCAAGACCGUUAAGAAGCGCACAGAAGAACGCAACCUCAUUACUGGCCUGCAUCCGGUCUGCUUCCGAUCGUCAAUGGACAACAAACAUGAAGUUAGGAAGAAAAAGUUUCACGAAAGUGAAAGUCGACUUGCAGAACGCAACGACUCGCGUAGAGCACACAACUCUGCUAAAUCUCUCGUCAAUGCAAACAUUCCUGAAAAUAUUUAUGGCCAGGUAGUCCAAGAAUACGAACGUGCAGUUAUAUUCCGGUUAGGCAGACUGUUUUCCGGUGGAGCCAAAGGUCCCGGCAUUUUCUUCGUGCUUCCAUGCAUAGAGAGCUACACGAAGGUCGAUCUGAGGACAGUCUCGUUCGACGUUCCUCCGCAAGAGGUUUUAACGAAAGACAGCGUGACUGUGUCUGUGGACGCUGUGGUUUACUACAGAGUCAGCAAUGCAACCGUCAGUGUGGCCAACGUUGAAAAUGCACAUCACUCCACCAGACUUCUGGCUCAAACAACAUUAAGAAAUGUCUUGGGAACCAGAAAUCUUUCAGAAAUAUUGUCCGAAAGGGAGAGUAUAUCAACUUCAAUGCAAAAUAACAUUUCCAAAAUAGACUUUGUCAGUAUAUUAUACAUCCCGUCAACAAUUUUUAGAAUUCAAUUAGACAGCCUAUGGCAAAAUGUUGAUGUUUCAAUAGCAGAUGAUGUUGGAUGUCGCAACGGAGCACUGGGGAAUUAUGGUAGAAAGAGUUGA